UAUAUCACCAUAUCCUGAAGAAAUAGCAGGUGAAUUCCGGGAAUAUUCCAACUCCCUCUAUAACCUCUACCCACCAGAGGACACAGCCCAUAGACGGGAAUCAUCCUCACUCAUACAAACAUACCUGCAAGACAACGUGCGGAAACGGAUGAAUCCUGAGACGGCAGAUAUACUUGACGAACCGAUUAGCACGGAGGACUUAGCCGCAGCGUUGAAGGGCACGAAAACUGGACGAGCCCCUGGACCAGAUGGGUUCUCUACAGG